UCCACGCUAUAACGGAAAUCCCAUCCUGACCUACAUUUCGAUACAAACAUUUUGGCAACAUUAUGUCCAUAGCAUCCGUAAUCGUCGCGUAUUUUGUUUUGUUUUCUUUUUUCUGUUGCGAAAUUCGAAAGAUGAUCCGUUUAUUUACCAUUAAGGACACAUUUUUGUCUACUUUUGUCUGUUAAAAAAAUUAUUCUGAAAUUUUUCUGCCAAUUAAUUAGUUACAAUACAUUAAUUACUUAUACUUAUUGCUGACUAAUGCGCAAUAAAAAGUAUAUUUUGAAUUUGGCCCGAGGAUGACACUCGUAACUCAGUGACCGUAUAUUUGAAUCAUCAAUACUAUGAAUCUCAAAGCUUGAUGCAUAUUUGUCGUUACCUGGUGCAUCUGCGGUAAUGGAGGCAAGAAGUAGACGAAAUUUAGAAGAUGAAAAUGACAGUGUUGUGAUUUGUAGUAGUGCAUCGUAUUGUUAUUUUACUCUUUCAAUACUAUUAUUUUCAGUUGGAACUGUCAUUACCAUAUUAGCGCUUGAUGAACACGAGGGAGUAUUUUCAAAUUUAACUCAUAUGUGGCUCGUUGGACCACUUUUUAUCAGCUCUGGUCUUAUGGUGGCUGUCAAAACUAUUAUGUAUUUGAGAAAAGAAACUAUGAUUAUGUUCAUUACAAGACAGAGAACUUUACUCAGAGAGUUUCAUUAUCCAACAUUAGAAGCUUCAUGUAGCAGGAGCUGUAAUAAUCUUACAAGACCUCCAUCAUAUGAUACUAUCAUAGGCAGUGCCCAGCAAACUUCGCAAUUAAUUUUAGACCAUGAUAUUAACAUGAAUAUUGAUAGUGAUGGAUCAAGUAUUGAAAACCCACCUCCAAGUUAUGAAGAAGCUGUGCUUCUUAUCAAUCAAAACUUCACUGUCUUAACUGAACAAAAUUAGAAUCUCGUUUUGUUGUUACUAAAAUUUUUGUUGUUGUUUGGAUAUAUAUUCUAGAAUGCAUUAUUUAUAGUAUUUUUUUGCUUUUGUUAUUUAAAAUGAAAUUUUUAUUUUAUACACAUACACAGAAUUUUUAUUUUAUACACUGAACUUGCUUAUUAGGGAAAUUGUUAGAUAGAACGAAAAUAUAUGGAUUACAUGUUUAAUUGUUUUUAAUUUGGUAUCAAAAUUGCAAAUUCAAAACGCAUUUGAAGUGAUGAAUUGUUAAAGGUUUCAGAACAUCUUUGGACACAUUGAGAUUUCUUUGUAAAAAUCUUAUUUUAGCAUUAUUUGACUGCAUAGUAUGUAUUUAUUUUGUCAACAUUCUAUAAAUUUAAUAGAUCUCAGUGGGUGAAGGUACUAAGUAACAAUCUUUAUGUUUUCGAAGUGUAAAAAAGUUCCAUGUAUAUUUGAAAAUGAAUUAGUUUGAUGAGAAACCCUGGAAAACCCUUUGGCAGCUAGUUAUUUAAAUACCAAGAGUAAACGCUAUACAGCUAACAGUUUAAAUGAGUGUUAGAGAUUUGUGAAUUUUUGCCAAUUUAAAGCUUAUGGACAAGAGAUAAAGGCAAAGCAUAAUUUUUAUUUUCCUUUUACCAGUGUAUAAACUUCAAAGCUAUUUCUAACUCAGAUAAAAUAAAAAGCUUUCUGCAAACAAAAUCUUAGUUAAAAAACUUUCUGCAAGCAAUUGAUGAACUCUUGUAACUAGUUUUAUUCCCUUUGUCAUCACCUCAUUUUGAUGAAAUUUGUUUUAUAAUCAAAUUUUUUUUUUUGAAAAAAUCUUUUAAUUUUUAUAAAACUUUAUAUUGAUUCAUACCGCAUUGAUGAUUUUGAUA